GAACAGGGAGGGGUUAAACUAUGAGAACAAAGUUUCAGUUGUGCUGGUGGGUAUACAGACAGGACACAGUCAAAUCCGCAGAGCAAUCCAUCACUAGAGCACUGACAGAGAGGCACUCUUUGUUUUCUUUUCCAAUUUUUUUGGGGAAGGAGGAAGAGUUGUGGUGGAUGUGACAUCAGGAGAAACCUGAAACCAACAGUUCUAGCAAGCGUCCCUCCUCUUAGUCGCUCCCCUGCUCUCUGCACCCAGCCGCCCCUGGCCCAGGUCCUUUCUUCAGAGCCAGUCCAGUGACUUUGCAGGCUCUCUAAGCUCCUGCUCUGACUCCUGGCCUUCACCUUUCUGACCCCCUGUUUUUGCCUCUGCAAGCUUCAUCUAUCUACCAUUUUUUCCCUUUCUGUGAGCCAUCAUGGAACUGAAUAAGAUGCCCAACGGUCACCACCACGAUGCUUCUCUGGAGGGAGGAGUUUCACCGCUGGAAGAGAAGUUCCUGCCUCAAAAGAGCAACUACUCAAAGAGCCCCCAGUUCACCGACUUUGAAGGUAAAACCUCCUUCGGGAUGUCUGUCUUUAACCUGAGCAACGCCAUCAUGGGCAGUGGAAUUCUGGGAUUGUCCUACGCCAUGUCAAACACAGGCAUUGUGUUUUUCCUGAUCCUCCUUACCAUCAUCGCUUGUCUGUCCUGUUAUUCUGUCCACCUGCUGCUGAGCAGUGCAGGAGUCGUGGGCAUUCGAGCGUAUGAACAGCUGGGAAUGAGAGCUUUUGGUCAUCCAGGGAAGAUCCUGGCUGCUGUGACCAUCACCCUGCACAACAUUGGAGCCAUGUCAAGCUACCUGUUCAUCGUCAAAUCAGAAUUACCUCUGGUCAUUCAAGCUUUCUUGGGUCAGACCUCCAGCUCCAAUGAGUGGUACAUGAAUGGAAACUACCUCAUCAUCAUCGUCACUAUAUGCAUCAUCCUGCCACUGGCCAUGAUGAAACACCUUGGAUACCUUGGGUACACCAGUGGCUUUUCCCUCACCUGCAUGGUCUUCUUCUUGUCUGCGGUCAUCUACAAGAAGUUCAACAUCGCCUGCCCCCUGGAAGUCUUUUACAAUUCAUCCAUGACUACAACUCUCUCAGAGGACUCUUGCACAGCCAAACUAUUCACCAUAAACCAAGAGACAGCAUACACCAUCCCCAUCUUGGCUUUCGCUUUCGUGUGCCACCCUGAAGUGCUUCCCAUCUACACGGAGCUCAGCAAUCCGACCAAGAGGCGGAUGCAGAACAUCGGGAAUGUUUCCAUCCUGGGCAUGUUUGUCAUGUACUUCCUCACCGCUGUGUUUGGAUAUCUUACCUACUACGAGAACACAGAGGCAGAGCUGCUCCACACCUACAGCAAGGUGGACCCGCUGGACAUCCUGAUCCUGUGUGUUCGUCUGGCCGUGUUGGUGGCCGUCACCUUGACUGUGCCAGUUGUUCUCUUUCCUAUCCGCAGAGCCCUGCUGCAGCUUCUGUUUCCUGAGAGACCCUUCCACUGGCUGCGUCACAUCAUCAUCGCCUUGUGUCUCCUCUUUGCUGUCAACCUGCUGGUCAUCCUUGUCCCCAACAUCAGGGACAUUUUUGGCAUCAUUGGCGCCACCACAGCUCCCAGUCUGAUCUUCAUCCUACCAGGGCUUUUCUAUAUCCGCAUCAUUCCCAUCCAGCAGGAGCCCAUGAGCUCCCGACCAAAAAUACAGGCGGCAUGCUUCACUUCUCUGGGAUUCAUCUUCAUGUCUAUGAGCCUGACGUUCAUUAUUAUGGACUGGACAAGUGGCGAGCAGCGCAGCCUCGGUGGACAUUAACAUCCCUCCAUCACCCCUGGUAGCAGUGGCACUCAAGCUGUGCCCCUCUCCUGGCACGGGUGGGUCAUUGGACCACAGAGGGAACUAAUUUAUAAAUCAAAAGGACCCAGAGAGCCCACCCAGGUGGAUGCGUCUCACCGGCACCCUAAAGCAAGUGGGGACCUUCCGCUCUGUGGCCUGGACACUCUCAUCCUGCGCCCCCACCUUUGAGGGUCUCUUUACUCAGAGCAAAUAGAACAACAGUAAUUGUGGAGGAAGUCAGGCAGACAUUUUCGGUCAGUGUUCAUGUUUUGGAUUGUGAUGCAAUAAUCUGUGUGCUCAACAGGCAAGACAGAAGCGGGGACGUGUUGUGAUCAGUCGAAAUCUUUGCGUGAAUAAGUGUCAAUAGGAGCAAUUUGGAAUAAUUAUUCAUGGCUCAAUCUGGACAACACAACUUGAAUAAAAUACAUUGAACAUA